AUGACGACCACCUCUUCAUCGCUCAGCGAACCUCACUUUGCGUCCCCGCGUGAGGCAUUCAACCCCCUUCAACAUCGCCCACACAAAACUUUCUUCUUCUACCUCAAGGCCCUUGCCGCCACCGCCGCCUUCCGUAUCUGGCCAGUCCUCCUGUUCAUGGCAGGAUGGGCCUCCAUGGUCAUUUCCGUCACAAAAUACACCGCCGCCAACCUCGCCAUCCCCAACACCAUGAUCACCGUUCUCGGUGUGCUUCUUGGUCUCACGCUUUCAUAUCGCACGUCGUCGGCCUACGAAAAGUACUCUGAAGGUCGUCGCAUGUGGUCGGCCAUCAUCCUUGUCAGCCGCACCUGGGCCCGUGCUGUCUGGAUCCACUGCCCUGACACUGUCUUGUCAGAACCAGCCACUGACCCUCAAGAGAAGGCUCGUGACUUUGCUCGCGGCGUCAUUGAGAAGAAGACCAUGGUCCAGCUGGCGCUGGGUUUCGCCGUCGCCGUCAAGCACUACCUCCGUUACGAGGAGGGCAUUCACUACGAGGACCUCUACCCCCUCGUCAACUUUAUUCCCGCUCUUGACCUUCCCUCUGGGCUUCCUUCCGAGACCGACACCCACAUCGCCGCCGGUCUGCCCUCGUUUGGCGCGGUCGGCGCCUAUGCUGGCUCUGGAUCGUCGGCUGCGUCGACACACGAGAAGACCUACACCCACGGACCAAAGCUUGCGCCUGCCAAUGCGCCUCCUCACUUUGAGUGGGACAACCUGCUGCCACAGCGCCUGUUUGGCAAGAAGACCAAAAAGGCCCAGAAGGAGGAGCUGCGUACGUGCGCUCACGGCGUUGGGCACAACGUUCCUCUUGAGAUUACCAUGUUCAUGAGCUCGUGGGUCAACACCAUGCAGCACCGCAAGACCAUCGACGUCCCAACCAUCAACGUUCUUCUUGCCGCCAUCGCGUCGAUGAACGACUCACUUGUCAACCUCGAGCGUAUUCUUACUACCCCUAUCCCUUGGAGCUACAACGCACACAUCUGGCAGGUCAGCUGGAUCUACUGCAUGGCCCUCCCCUUCCAGCUGGUCUCUGGCUUUGGCUGGAUCACCGUCCCCGCCGUCUUGAUCACCGCGUACAUUGUCAUGGGCUACGCCAGUAUCGCCGGUGAGAUUGAAAACCCCUUUGGCUACGACCCCAACGACCUCAACCUGGGCUACUUUUGCCAGGAGGUCAUUGCCAAGGAGCUCGACGCCACCACUGCCCGUCCCUUCCCCGACCCGGCCCAGUGGAUCUUCUCGUCAUCGAACCAGAUUCUCGGGCCCAACAUGCCUGCUGCCGACCGCCUGGCGGACAUGUCGGUCCAGGAGAUCCGCGCGCGCCUGGCAUCUGCUCCUGGCUACUUUAGCCCCCAGCACGUCUAG